AUGGGCUCAGCUUACGAGGACAUCAUCGGCUCGGACGUCUUCACAUUCGUGAUUGGUCCCAACGGCAAAGAGUACAAUGUCCACGGCACCGCAAUCUCGAGGCUGUCAAAACCCCUCGGCGUACUGAUCAACGGCGAUAUGUGCGAGGCCAAGGAGAAGUGCGUCAAGUGGCCUGACAUUGACGAAAAAACCUUUGUGCGCUUUGCUCAGUGGGCUUAUACCGAGACCUACGUGACGGAAGAGCCUGACAUUCUCUUGGGCCAUUCUCUCAUUGAAUCUCCAAAUGCCCCCAGCAUGACACCAGCGCUACCAAACCGCAAGACGUCUGAAAUGCCUCUGUACUCUCUCAUCACCGCGAACUCAACCCAGUACCAGAAGAAGCAAUACUGCUGGAACCAAGUCUGUGGAUGGCCAAGUGACGUGCCUGAGAUGCCGCACAAAAUAUUCGACCAAGCAAUAAGACGCGUACUUAUCCAUGAGUUCUUGGACACAAGCGGCACCACGUAUCCUACCUCCACUUCCGUCUUCUCAGCGCGAAGGAACAUUGAAGGCUGUGAGGACUACACCGGCGUCUUCCUCUGCCACGCAAAGCUCUACGUCAUGGCCGACACAUACGACAUCCCUUCCCUCAAGCAGCUCAGCCUGCACCGCCUGCAUGCCACGCUCAAAGAAUUUACCCUUUACCCGAGCCGCUUCAACGACAUCGCGGCGCUCGCCAAGUACGUUUUCGAGAAUACUGUUCCGGAGGACAAGAUUCGAGAUAUGAUCACGCUAUACUACGCCUGCAUUGUUGAGGAUGCGCGGAAGCAAGACAGCCUGAAGUCACUCAUUGAAGAAAUUCCUGACUUUGCAUCCGGCUUGAUCAACAAGAUGGGCGAUAGGCUUGCUUGA